AUGGAGACCGCUACACGCCGCCUAAACGACAUUCUCCUAGCUAAAACAUCAUACGCUAUGCAACGCCUGAAGGUGAGACAAUACUCCCAAGGCAAUAGAGCAGGGAGAGCUAUGGCAGCAUUGCUACGAAAAAAGCAAGCCCAAUCCAAAAUCCCCUAUCUAAUUUCCAAUGAAGGGACAAAAAUCUACAACCCCCAAGACAUUAACGAUGAGAUGGCCAACUUUUAUCACAACUUAUAUAAUUUUUCCUCCACGCACUUCUACAGAAAUUUGGAUUUCCCCCACGAUUCACUGCACUGA